AUGUUCAUCUACUUUACCAAAUGUGAUAUUGAUGUUAGCUAUAAUCCAAGGGUGACAAGGCAGAUCGUAAGAGCCGAGAGUAUACCACGUGGGUCAGAGGGCUAGACCGUGAUUUCAGCACGAAGUGGACGCAGAUGCUGGCGCAAGUACAGAGGUCACCUGAGAUUUUAGAGGUGAUGCUGCGAAUUCUCUUCCACUUCGUCCGAUAUUUGAAAGGUAUGACAAGAGCAUGUGGUUGUGGGUGUUUUUUGUUAGCAUCGUCUUCCUGCAUGUGCAUCGACUAGCACUAAUUUUCAUAUGUGAAUGUCCAUGUUAUCGGUGUUCCUUACGCAUACGUACUUCAACAUCAUGAUGAUUAUGAAAACUUGGACUAAAUAAUUGUAUGUGCGAUGUAUAAUUUAUGCAGGUAACAAGGCUUCGCGAGCUGCAGGUCUUGUGCCGUUGAUGAAAAGGAUUGCGGCGGAUACAAGACUUGGGUCAUUGCCAAGGCAGAAUGUGCGACGGUCGAUUCACCCACGACUAAGUUGCCUCCGUGUGCUCUGGGAGUUACAAAAACAGGUUGCACGAACUCCUUCAUCUAUUAAGGCAGGUGCACCUACUUGUGCUUGUUCCAAGAAUAAGGUAUUAAAGCUAAAUCGUGAUAAAAAAAUGAAGAAAGCUUAAGUUCUUGCGUCAUUUGUAGUUUUCACACGUUUGGGUAGUUUGAACUUGACGUUUACUUAUCUUCAUCUGGUCCUUCAUGCAGUUUCUAAUUCCUCUGUAGAAGCGACGGAUGGGGUAGAGAAAAAAUCAGACGAACAGCGAAUGGACAGUAUAUUCGGGCGGGAUUUGUGCCCACUGCUAUACGAGUUGUUGGAGACCGUUACAUUAUGAGAAGCAUCAUGAAGUAAUAUAAGUAAUUAUAAAUAUAUUGGAAUUGGAUGUUUAGGUUUACGAGUUAUAGUUGUACCAGAAGGCAGGUUGAACAGCAUUGGCCAAGCACGAGUCAUUUCGACUACGGAGCGAAGGAACAAGUACAACAAGUAGCUGCUGACGAAUAGACUAGGAUGCUGCUCCAUGAAAGAAAGGUUUACGAACGAAGAGAUCAUAUGAGACAUACAUACUUUUUUUUUGAUGGAGGAGCGAUAUAUCAAUGUGCCGAGAAACCCCCGACUACUACUAGCUCUAACUACAGCAGUGGAAAUAGACGACCUACUGGGACCACUCAUUCUCGAAAUCUAUGAUCGUGGCGGAGAACCUGCUGUGCUUCGCGGAGAACUCGUUCGUCUUGCCCUCCUGCAUGAAAACGGAAGAACUUGGGGAGAGAAUCUCGUACUUCAUCACAAGAGUCUAGGAUGUUGAGGUAGAUGUACUCGAUAAGGAUAGAAAAAUCUGAAAAAAGAACCAGAAAGCACAUUAUGCUUGCCCUGCUAGAAGAAAGUAAGCUGAUAUUUUUUUCAAAAGAGAGAUCUUAAAAUUACAAUUCAUUCUUGUUGUGUUUCUUGGUGUAAAAAAUGGAUUUAUUCGAGUUUUCUAUGAUUCAUCUACAAUUCAGCUGCAGUUCGUAAAUCGCCGCGUGCACAUAAGGGAGGCUGCGUCUAUGCUGUUCGAGAUUAUUGGCACUAAGCAGAACGUCGCAUCAGCAACUUCGUCUUUAUGAACCUGAUAAAUAGAUGAAGAUCAUGAUCAAGGUUGUUAUUUUUGCGGACUGACUCAGACUCUGCUAAGACUAAGUGUAGCUGCCUUGUGGUUGUUGUCUUUUUGUUUCCUUUUUAGUUCUUUCCUAGUUAGGCUGGCCCCACCGCUAUAGACUCCUAAGGAAAUAUUUUUUUGUAUAUCUGUGCAGCUCUUGCUGUGUCGAAGUUCGUGAAUAUGAAAGACUAGAUGUUCAUGGGACUCUGUGUCCGUCCGCACAUUGGUCUGUUCCGGCUCAUCUAAUGACCAACCACAAAGAGGGCGGCGCUCUGUUGAGUGGAAGAGAUUACCUUUACAGCAACGACGCAGCGGUGAUGGUGGACGUCUUGUUGAGAGAGCGCAACCGUCAACCGUGUUUAGAGCUGCUUCAACUGUUUCUCCGUCUCGACCUCGUUCCGAAAAAACGCACGUUGAUCGAGCAGGCUCUUGCAGAAGACGGCGUGACUUCCGUGAAAAAUUGAAUCAAUAAGAAGUAUUGGAUCCCCAACAAAACAAAAGCGCUGAAAGACCGCUUGGCUCACAUGUUGAUCUUCAUCACGUUUUGAUACCACCUCCAUUGAAAUGUUUUGCGGCGCAUGCAUUAUCUUUGUCUCACCAGCUCAAUUUGAUACCCUCUGCACAUUUUUGAACUACAUUCUGGAAUGUUGAUUGAACAUUUUGGUUUUUCAACUUCUUGACAUUAGUACACUAGAGCAUACAUGAUAGGUCGACGCCGACCUGCUUGUUGGUAGUUCUGCUUUAUUCUGACCAGUACACGAUUCGUCCUUUAUCAACAUGAAGACGAAGAAGAAUAUCGGUCCCAUUAUUUGAGGUUCGUCGUGAAUGUGGACACCCUGGUAUGAUGAUAGCCACCCAGAUCAAGAUAGUUUCGGUAACAAAGAUGCAUUAUAUUUAUGUUUUGAAGAUAUGCAUAGUUACGCAUGAUGGGUCGACAAGGUUGUGUACCAGCUAAACGCUCGACACGAACGAGAAGGGAUCACGCAUUCCCGAUCCCGAAUUAUUGAUAUUCGGAUAAGAAAAUCAGGAUAAGAUCAAGUUGUGAACAGUGUUCGUCGUUCUUUAGGAGCUGCGUAUUUCGUAAUCGCAAAGGCAAAACUACGAAGUCCUAACGUCUUGUUUGAUUACGAGAGAAAGUACGAGAGCGGAUGAUGAUUGAAAGUCGUUCUCGUUGCGAGAAGUAGAAGCUGGUGCUCCUGGAGGUUCGGGGAACAUACGAACCUUCUGAACGUGCUUUGCCGGAAAAUCCUUCACAGGUCGUUUCCCUUUCUCAUUUACUUCGCCAGUAUUUAUGACCCCUUCAUCUCCCACUAACAGUAGCACUUACUUCUUCUUGUACAAUAUGAAUAUUUUUAUUACAAAGAUCAGUUAGUUCCUCAGUUAUCUGCUUGCUGUGGUGAGUCCUUCAUGCUGUCUCCAGCUUUUUUGUUGAUUGCGAAACGUACUGCGCCCCUAUAGGUGGCCAGAAAC